GAUGCAAGUCCAGAGGGUGCGGAGGCCGCGAUGCUCCUCCAGUCCUCAGGGUCUUCUCCCCAGAUAUUCCCAAACCCAAGCUGAGGGGCAGGAGCAGCUGUUCAGACUGACUGACAACAUCCAGGACGAGUUUUUCAUUGCGGUUGAACACAUCGACAGUUACUGUGUCCUCAUCUCAUCUAAAGCUGUCUACUUCUUGAAAUGGGGCGAAUAUGUGGACCGCGAUGCCAUCUUUUUGGAAAUUAAGUACGACGAUCUCUAUCACUGUCUUGUUUCAAAGGAUCAUGGGAAAAUUUAUGUUCAGCUGACUAAGAAGGCAGAGACAACAAGUAGUGGGAUUGCGAUACCAGGGCCGUCACACCAGAAACCCAUGGUUCACGUGAAGUCGGAGGCGCUCGCUGUGAAGAUAUCGCAGGAGAUAAAUUACGCCAAGAGUCUGUACUACGAGCAGCAGCUGAUGUUACGACAGACGGAGGAGCAAGAAAACCUCAACUGUUAGAAGCACAAGACUCUGCCGCUGCCAGACACUGCCAGCCACAGAUCAUCUCCUGUGUGGGAAUAUGUAUCCAUUGUACUGCCCUGCGGUGGGGAUAAUUUAUACGGGGUGAUAUUUAAUAUAAUUAUAUAUUCGGACAUUUCAACCAAUUUUGAACAAAUACCUUUAUUUUGCUUAACGUGUAAAUAUGUAUAUGGGCGGUAUAAUGUAAAUAUAAGAGGUUAUGACUGCGGGCUCAUAUAUGGCGUCACGUUUCUUUAUAUCACACACACAACUUAUUUCAGAACUUGUACUAGAUCUACUAGUCUCUGCUAUGUGGGGUGCACCCC